AUGUCGCGCGGCCAAAAGGGCCCAAACCGGGCAGCCGACACGAUGGACUGGUCCGCGUCCGUCCUGACCACCCUCUCGUCCGACACCGAGCCCUCCGUGCUCGUGACGUUCCCCCACGCGAAGUACAUCUUCAAUGUGUCAGAGAACACAAAUAGGGCGUUCCUGCAGAACAGCAGCAACUGGAAGAAGAUCCAGGGCAUGUUCUUCACGCAGGCGAGCGUGCAGCGGAUGGGCGGGGCGAGUGGACUGCUCAUGACCUUUGCGGAUGCGACUAUCCAGAAGUUGAAUGUCGUCGGUCCCCCGGGAACAGGGCACUACCUUGCUAGUGCGCGUUCGUAUCUCUACAGGAACACUAUGGCCGUAGAGGUCACAGACGUGCCAAUGACCCAGGCCCGGGACACACUACCUGAGCCUGUCCUAAAGGACAGGGACAUCUCCAUCUACGGUCUCCCAGUCCUACCUGACGCUACCUGUCCCUCCGAGCGCUCCCCCUCUCCUACCUCCCUCAAGCGGAAACGCGAGCCCUCGCCUGAACGAUCAUCGAAGAGGACAUAUGCACCGGCCGAGCGUAUGGACGCGUCUUCAGCUCCAGCAGACGCGCCCUCUGCUCAAGUCGACGCGCCUGCCGUCGCAGCCGCCUCCGCAAACCCCAGUGACGUCACUCUGGACUCGAUCCUAGCACGCGAGGACUUCACGCCUGCAAUGCUCUCCGGUGCUCACGCGACAGAGUACAUUCAACGCGUCCACGGAUGCAUGUUCUCUAAACAGACACAAGGUGGUGGCAAAAAGAGUCGCAAGCAGCAGAACCAGCAAGUCAAGGGCUCCGGUCCGUACGAUGCGAAUGCGCCAGGCGAGCCAGACGUAUUCCGUCGCGGCAGCCUGCCACCAGGGUUCCAUGCCCAACUGCCUCAACCAGUCAAUGUCGAUCCGUCCACGUCAAGAACACCAGCAACACUCGCUUAUGUCGUCCUCGGUCCUCGCAUUCGCGGUAAAUUCGACGCCGCUGCUGCAACAAAACUCGGUGUUCCCUUCGGUCCUUUGCGCGGUGACCUUGCGAAGGGUCUGAAUGUCACUGUAAAGGUGCAGAAUGAGGCAGGCGAGACCAUCGAGCGGGUGGUACAGCCUAGCGAUGUUAUGUCGGAAAGCAUACCGCCGAGCGCCGUCCUGAUUUUCGACGUCCCGAGUUCGGCCUAUAUUCCUUCACUCGUGAACUCCUUCACAAACGCGCCACUUUACUCUCGGUUGCGCUCUCGUAAAGAGGAGGAUACGAAGGACUAUGCCAUCCGCGCGAUCUUUCAUAAGCUCGGCAAGGGUGUGCUGGACGAUCCGCGAUAUGUGGAGUUCAUGAAUGGCUUCCCGGAGCAGACGCAUCAUAUCAUCGCAUCCCGCGAUCACUGCCCGGACCCCAUCACGAUGACCAGCGCUGCGUUCAGCCAGCUGCGCCUUAAUGUGCUUGACCCGGAUAUUUUCCAUGUGCCAAAGUUUUCGUUGGAUGCGAAGAAGCCUCUCCAGGAUAUUCCCAACCUACCGCCUAGCACCCACGUCAUGACGACCGACACCCAGGUCCACAUCCGCCCGCCCAGUCCGCCCAAGCGGGACCCAUACGCGCAAGACAAGUUUCAUCCCGUCUGCCAAGCGCCCGUCGAGCUCACGCAAGCGACGCGAGAAGCGUUCGACAAGGCGCAGGCGGUGGUCUCGCAGCGUAUUGCGGAGGGUGCGGUACCGAAGCUUCCGGGGGCAGAUGUGACAGUGUUGCCGUUGGGGACGAGCAGCGCGGUGCCUAGCAAGUAUCGAAACGUGUCAUCGACCUUGAUUCGUAUACCGGGCCAUGGGAGCAUCCUUCUGGAUUGUGGUGAGGGAACGUGGGGGCAGUUGGCGAGGGAAUAUGGCACGGAUGAGAGCGCGCCGAACAACGUUUACGACGUCCUCCGCGACAUCAAGUGCAUUUUCGUCAGCCAUCUGCAUGCGGACCAUCAUGGUGGAUUGUCGACGCUGUUGGCAAAGAGGCGACAGCUCGACCCGCCACCAAAGGACCCGCUAUUCGUGUACUCGAUCCGGCGUGUGCAUCUGUACCUUCGCGAGCUGCAAAUGCUGCAGGACCUUGGCAUCGAUGACCCGGCGGGUAAUGGCGUAUAUGGGAUGCUCUCCGAGGGCUUGCACUGGCGGAAUACGGGCUCGUACCAUAUUAACGGCCGGUAUACUUUGGGCGGUAGCGAAGAAUGGACGGACAUAAAUCUUACGACGAAGCGCUAUCGCCAGAUGUGCGAGCUGCUCGGGCUGCGCAGCUUCUUCGCCGUGGAUAUGCUACACCGUACACGCUGUUACGGAUGCGUCAUUAAGCACAACGAUGGCUGGAGUAUAUCCUUCUCCGCGGACACUAUGCCGACUGACAGGCUGGUUUGGGCCGGAAAAGGCUCGACGGUUGUCAUUCACGAGGCCACGAUGAACGACAACGAGCGCGAGCUCGCAGCCCAGAAGGCGCACAGUACCGUCGGACAGGCUAUCGAAAUCGCUGAGAAGAUGUCCGCCGACAACGUCCUCCUCACGCACUUCUCCGCGCGCUACCCGCGCCUGCCGCCCGCCGUGCUCAAUCGCUCCGGCGAGGCGACCGCGCGCCCACUUGUCACCAUGGCCUUCGACCACGCGCGGAUGACGAUUGGGACGAUGUGGAAGGUGAACACGUAUCUGCCGGCGAUCAAGCAGUGCAUGGAGGACUCGGCGGAUGCGGACGACGAGGGAGUGGAUGCGUCGGUGACAGUGGAGGCGGAUGUGGUGUCGUAG